AUGAAGCGUCCGGCAAGUGCACAGAAGAAGGCCAAGCCGGCGAAGGCGGCAAAGUAUGGCGACGACCCGCUGACAGUGAGACGGCAGCUCUUCGAAGCCGGAGGCCUUAUGGUUCCAAACACCUACGAGGGUCCCCAGCUUUGGACACUGGCGGGCCCUGGGAUUGGCAAGUUUGCAAAAGCCAAGCCCGUUGAGCUGAUCUACUUUGCACUCCGGAGCCUGGGACAGUUGCCCCAGAUGUGCUUGGAGUACGCCGGGUAUCCUUACAUGCUCAAGGUCGUCACAUCUCCGGAAUUCCGGGAGAAGCUGAAGCCGACGCUCAUCUUCGGGCGUUUGCCACUUCUUCGUACACUGAAGGGAACGGAAUUGGUGCAGUCGAAGGCCAUCCUCCGAUAUGUCGCGAACCUCUGCGGGCUGGCAGGCAAGGGUGAGGACGAGAGGGCAAGUUGCGACAUGCUGCAUGAAAUGCUGCAGACAGAGGGCAAGAUUGAUGGCCACUAG